GUUUUUCCGCUGGAUGGACAUGCGUAUAUUUUGCGCAUCCGCUUUUCUCUUGAAAUUCUUGAAGCGCUCCGUUAUUUCUACUAUUCUGUUGUGUUGUGGUUUCAGUGGCUGAAGAAAGAAAAUUUUGUCUCCAAAUAUGAAAUAUCUGAUCAGCUGGAACAUUUGUUUCUUCAUAAUAUCCACAUCUGUGGAUUGCCAAAGUAUAAUUGAUGUGGAAUCAUUGAUACCACCUGAAGAACCAGAGUCUCUGGAAUGCCGAGAAAGAAUUUACACCUUCCAAGUCACCCAAACAGAUAUCAAUGGAAAACAAUGUUGGGAUGCUUUGUCAACUAUUGCCUGUUGGGGAAGAUGCGAUUCUAACGAGAUUUCCGACUGGCGUUUUCCUUACAAAAAAUCCAACCAUCCAGUAUGCAUCCAUUAUGGAAGGAACAGGAAUGUGGUAACUCUAAGACACUGCGAGGAGGGUGCUCUUCCAGAAGCAGCUCACUAUGAAUAUCUGGAGGCAGCUGGAUGCAAGUGUCAAAUCUGCUCUUCGUCUGACACUAGUUGCGAGGGUCUACGAUAUAGACCUCAGAGGUCUCAUCCUCAGUCUCUAGGCUUCCAGUUGAGCUAAACGAAGUGUAUUAUUGAAUAUAAAACAGUAUAAAGCUAUAUUUCCUGUGAAUAAAAAUGUUUUUCUCAAA